AUGACUGACCAAAUGAAAAAAAUACUUUUUCCACCGUACAUAAAUAGGCAUGUCAAUCAUGACAUUACAGAAGUUGUUUGGGAAGAGGCUUUCAAUAUAUGGAACGCCAAUCUUUCCUUAUUACUUAAAUUAUUAGAUAACGAGUUCGCCAACCAAAUACUUGAAAAUGAUUCUUUAUCGACAUUUUUAGAGACAUUUUUAAAGACACGAGCCGGAUUUCACGAGUUAGGCGCUGCUAUCGAUAAACAGAUGAUGCCAGAAGUCGAAGUUGCACUCGAGAGAAAGGUUAUGCUCGUAAUGUUACGCUUGACUCAACCUCGAAUUUUGGUGCAUUCUACGACAGAAGCAACGAGUUUGGCUGCUUCCUUGUAUCAGAGCAAAUUUCUUUCAGUGCCGUUGCUUUUGGAUUUCCUUGUGAUCUAUGCGAAGUCGAAUUACACCCAUGCACAACGAAUGUUUAGCAAUGCAGUUGAAUUGGUACCGAAUUUGCUUCUUGAUUUCGAAAACUUUUCCGGUGUCAUACUUGAUCAUAUCAGAUCAUUAAGUCAGAGAAUUGAAAGCUUGAAAAUUUCCGUUGGGAGUGCCGCGAACAAUGGCGCUGUGAAUAAUGAUGCCGAUCUUCGAACAUACUUUAUGCAUAUAAUUGAUGUUGCUAUAUCUUUAGAUUGUCUAUUUUCUAUUUCGAAACCAGUCACAAAUAUUUUCACUAAUCAUCAAGGAAACGACGAGAAUCAAGGCAUUCUGAUGGCAAUUAACCAACUCUACGAGUCUACAAUCCCAGCCAUUUCUGAUCUACUAGAUCCAGAGAAUUCAUCUAAAGAGAUCAUGAGAGCUUUAAACAUCUUAAAGCACGCGUUGGUAUCAUUAAUAUACCAUACUUUUGACGCAUCUUAUUUCAGUCCUUUAGGGUUCACUGCUGAAAUUGGGAAUUCCUUAGUAUUUAUUGCUUCUGGUGAUGAAAAGUUGACUGAUCAGGAGAAAAUAAAAGGGACUCUUGAUCGUAUGUGUGACAUUUUAUUAUCGUUAUCUGAACAAUCAAUGUUAGAGAAACCUGUGCUUUCUUUUGUGGACGCACCAUUACUCUUGGAUUUGGAGAUUGAAUUUAAUUUGAAUUUCAUUAAUAAAUCCCUCGAAAUGAUGCGUAAUAUGGUCCAGGAAGCUCCGCCGAGGCAAAAAAGAUCAGAUCGUAUCAAAACCCAUAGACUGCUUACAAUGACAAAUGGAGAGUUGAAGAAUGUGAUAAAAUCAUCACCUGCACAAUCAAAUGUCAAGGUGGAGAAAUCAAUUGAUGACGAAGUUAAACGUGGAUCUUUGAUUUCUCAAGUCAAAGAUUUGUUUCCUGAACUUGGUGAAGGAUUUAUAGAGCAUUGUCUAAUUGCAUUGAAUGAAAAUCCAGAGACUGUGGUUGAUCAUUUAUUAGAGAAUAAUCUCCCAGACGAGCUUGUUAAAUUGGAUCGUUCCUUGCCAAGAUUACCAUCACGUUCCAAUGAAAAAGAUGGCACGUUAUCAAAUAUUGAAGCAGAAAGUCCACUUGCAAAUCGUCGCAACAUUUUUGAUAAUGAUGAAUUUGACGUGUUCGCUGGAAAACAACUCGAUUCGUCGCGUACUUUUGCCCCUCAAUCAAAUUAUAAUCUUGUGAUUGUUAUGGCUGAUAUUGUUGCUGUUGAAAGUCGUGGAUCCGCUCAGAGAAUGCUGGACGACAAGUCAUUUGUCGAAUCGUACAAGGAAUCGAUCAUCGAAAGUGCCUACACUAGUCUCUACGAAGACGAAUAUGAUGAUACCUAUGAUACAAGUGGAUUACAAACAGGAGCAUUUGAUAUACAUCUGUUGGACGAGUUGGAAGAGUCGGAAGCUGGACCAUCUCGACAUAAUCAGAUUGAUCCGGGCGUUUUGCAUGAAAGUGAAUUGAUAAAAAUGUAUCAAAAUGAUCCUUCGGUAUUUGAACGAACCAACGCUACAAGAAAAUCUAAAAAGCGUGAACAACUUUGUAGAAUUACAGAGAUGACUGACGAGCAAAUUGAGGGCUGGUUUAUCAUGUUCCAGAGAAAUCCAAGAAAAAAUAAACUUUUGGAAAAAUACGAGUGGAAAGGACAACAAAAAGAAAUAAAUAUUAGUGAAACAGAGGAAGGUAGCUCAUCAUUAGAUCAUCAACGCACUUCCUCUUACGAAUCUCGCGGCAGAGGAAGAGGUGAGGUACCUGGAACGUCACGCGGUAGAGCACAAAAGAAAGGUCGAGGGGGCAAUCACAAUCGCAAGAAUGCGCACGCCAAAAAAAUGGGCAAAGGAUUUGGCUCAUUUAAUCCUGAUUCAUAA